AUGCAGACCGCCACGUCACCGUCCCUUCUUCUCCCACACGCGGCGUCGGCCGUCGCCUCGCCAUGGACCGCGACCAGGCCAGCCGGCGCAGCUGCUGCCCAGCAAUGGCCAGCUCUUAAGUGCCACGUGAACGGUCGAGAUCGAUCCGUGCGCGUGCAAGCGGAUAAGGCGGCGCGAGGGCCGAUAGGGGAGUUCGGGGAGCGCGUGAUGGUGGGCGACGCGGGGGAGGAGGAGCAGGCGGGCGACGAGGAGAUGGCGAUCAAGCUGGAGUGCGACGAGAGCGGCUGCGUUCUCGUCGUCGGUCGCAACGUACCGAACCUCGAUGACGACUCGCAGGGUUACCUGCAAUGUAACCUCACAGGGUGUUUCUAUGACAGCGCGGCGCCGGUGGCGGAGUUCCGCGUGCUGGAGGGCGCGGGGUGGCGUCUGGGCUACGAGACGGCGCCCGCCAACGAGGAGGCCUUCUGCGCCAUGGUGGGCGCAGGCGGGUGGAGCGUGGCGCUGACGGCGUCGGAGUUCAACGACUUCUGCAAGCUCGUGCAGAUGCUGCGCAAGGGGCUGAUCACGAUGGACCAGGACGGCGUGCUCAACCGAGAUGACAUCGUGAUGCAGGACGGCGUGCUCAACCGAGAUGACAUCGGCAUGCAGGUGGAGCUCGGCAAUCUAUGGAUGGAGUGUGUGGUGGCACGGCAAACAUUGCCCACACUGCAGCGGUUCCUCAAGAUGGGAGGGAGGCCCACUGGAGCAGCCUUUGCCAUUCGCUUCAUUCUCUCAGGCACCGAUUCCAAACGCCAGGCGGAGGGUUUCUGGCCAGCGGAGGCGGUGAUGGACAUGCUAGCCAAGAUGGACGAGCUCUCAUCGCCUGCACAGCCCAACUCCUCUAGCAAGCAAGCAGAAGCAGUCACCGCCUGA